GUUUAUAAUAUAUACUAAACUAUGCUCACGACUUACAGAAUUACAGAAUAGAUAUAUAUAAUCCCUCCUGUGGUGCAGUACCGCACAGCAUACGGACUAUAAUAUAUUUUGUAUAAUAUUAUGACGUGUGGGCCUUCUAGUCUUUAAUUUAUUGUAUUCGUAUACAUAAGAUUUGGUUAUUGAUUAAGAAAAUAAGAAGAUGUACCGCUUUUAAAUUCUCAUCGUACACGUUAUUCCAUAUACUUCGUUAAAAACAUGCAAAAAUACGAAAAACUAGAUAAAAUCGGAGAGGGCACUUACGGUACGGUGUUUAAAGCCAAAAACCGUGAAACCUUAGAGAUUGUUGCAUUGAAACGCGUGAGGCUCGAUGAUGAUGAUGAGGGUGUUCCUUCGUCAGCUCUGCGUGAAAUAUGUUUGCUGAAGGAAUUGAAACACAAGAAUAUCGUACGACUUUAUGAUGUACUUCAUAGUGAUAAAAAAUUGGUACUUGUCUUUGAACACUGUGAUCAAGAUUUGAAAAAAUAUUUUGAUAGUUUGAAUGGAGAAAUCGAUCCUAAUGUUGUGAAAUCAUUCAUGUACCAACUAUUACGCGGAUUAGCAUUUUGCCAUAGUCAUAAUGUCUUGCAUCGAGAUCUUAAACCACAGAAUCUUCUUAUAAAUAAGAACGGAGAAUUGAAACUAGCCGAUUUUGGUUUGGCUAGAGCAUUUGGAAUACCAGUUAAAUGUUACUCUGCAGAAGUUGUUACUUUAUGGUACAGGCCUCCUGAUGUUUUAUUUGGUGCCAAAUUGUACACAACAUCUAUUGAUAUGUGGUCUGCUGGAUGUAUAUUUGCUGAGUUAGCCAAUGCUGGAAGACCUCUAUUUCCUGGUUCAGAUGUAGAUGAUCAAUUGAAACGGAUAUUUAAACUUUUGGGAACGCCCACUGACGAGACAUGGCCUAACAUGACAACUCUACCUGACUUCAAGCCAAUGCCGAUAUAUCAGCCUAAUAUGACACUCGUACAAGUAGUACCUAAAUCAACUACGAAAAUGCGAGAUUUAUUACAAAGACUUCUGGUGUGCAAUCCAUCGCAUAGAAUAUCAGCAGAACAAGCAAUGAGUCAUAUAUACUUUGCAGACAUAAAUUUGUUACCAAAAUAAUUUAACAUUGAUUUUUACUUUGAAAUUUUAAAUGCCAAACAUAAUUAAAUGUGCAAUACAUUGUUAACAGUAAAAUUAAAAAAGUAAUUUCCAGGCUGUGAAUAACUGAAGUAUAUAAAUUGCCAUGUUGGGAAUUAACUUUUGUUACUUCUAGGCCAUAGCUGGUUUUUACUCCAAUCUAUCUUUGUCCGGUUCUAACUAGGUCAUAUUUUAUAAUUUGA